GGAGUAACCCCAGCUAACCUUUGCCCCCCCCCGCCUUCCAACCAGGUAGGCGACGUCACCAAUAAAAAGCCUCAGCGCCUGGUGACCCAGUUCCACUUCACCAGCUGGCCGGAUUUUGGGGUACCGUUCACGCCCAUCGGGAUGCUGAAGUUCCUGAAGAAAGUGAAGACGUGCAACCCGCAAUACGCGGGCGCCAUUGUGGUCCACUGCAGUGCUGGUGUGGGGCGAACGGGAACGUUCAUUGUGAUCGAUGCCAUGCUGGACAUGAUGCACGCCGAGAAGAAGGUGGAUGUUUAUGGGUUUGUGAGCCGAAUCCGGGCCCAACGCUGCCAGAUGGUACAGACUGAUAUGCAGUACGUCUUCAUCUACCAGGCACUUCUGGAGCACUACUUAUACGGAGACACAGAACUGGAGGUGACUUCGCUGGAGGUCCACCUCCAGAAGAUUUACAACAAAAUCUUGGGGAGCAGCAGCAACGGAUUGGAGGAAGAGUUUAAGAAACUCACCUCCAUCAAAAUCCAGAACGACAAAAUGAGGACGGGCAAUUUGCCGGCCAACAUGAAGAAGAACCGGGUGCUCCAGAUAAUCCCAUAUGAGUUUAACCGAGUGAUCAUUCCAGUGAAGAGAGGCGAAGAAAACACCGAUUAUGUAAAUGCUUCUUUUAUUGACGGUUACCGUCAAAAGGACUCGUACAUCGCCAGCCAAGGGCCUCUCCAGCACACCAUUGAGGACUUCUGGAGGAUGAUCUGGGAGUGGAAAUCCGGCUCCAUCGUGAUGUUGACAGAGCUGGAAGAGAGGGGACAGGAGAAGUGUGCCCAGUAUUGGCCUUCGGACGGCUCUGUAGCUUACGGAGACAUCGCCAUAGAACUGAAGAAGGAGGAAGAGUGUGAGAGCUACACAGUGCGGGACCUGCUGGUGACCAACAACAGGGUACGUGUCGAGAGACCCCCAUCUAGGUCUCCAGGGACCCGCCAGUCAUGGACAGGUUCCCGGUCUCUGGAAAAGGAUGCAGAGCCAAUUGGACACUAUGACCAAAGUCAUGACGGUGCCAAGUGAGUCGUGCUUACGACCGAUCCUCGGAGUUUUUGGCAUCCCAGCGUUCCCGCACUCGUGUGAUCACGAUCUGGUUGCUCGGGAAUCGGCUCACACGUAUGUGUUGUGGCCGGCCAGCGGCUGACGGAGC